AUGACAGUCGCGGUAUUGGAUAAAUAUCAUUUGGGCAUUAGUGCCAUUGUUGUUGUGGCUAUGCAACUUUUAUUUUUCACUAUUGCUGUAACAUUUCAGUAUGAUAAAGUGGCUGAUUUUGCUGGUGGUAUAAGUUUCAUUUUAGUGGCUCUGCUAACAUAUGGUUUAGCUCAGACACAUGAUAAUCGACAAUUUAUGGUAACAUUAUUUGUAUGUAUUUGGGGUGCCCGAUUAAGUUCUUAUUUAUUUUAUCGAAUAAUAAAAAUUGGAAGAGAUGCAACAUUUCCAGACCGACGUAGCAAUAUGAUUCGUUUUGCUGUGUUUUGGACAUUUCAAGCUAUUUGGGUGCUUGUUGUUAGCUUGCCUAUUAUUGUUAUCAAUGCACCCCAUAAUUCCAUAAAAACUGGAGCACCAAAAACCAUGACAACUUUGGAUACUGUUGGCUGUUGUGUGUUCAUUUUUGGCUUCAUUAUUGAAACUUUUGCUGAUUUACAAAAGUAUGCCUUUAGAAGUGAAGAGACGAAUAAAGGAAAAUGGUGCGAUGACGGGCUAUGGAGUAUGUCUAGACAUCCCAAUUAUUUUGGAGAAAUAGUAUUAUGGUGGGGUGUUUUUAUUGUGUCAUUAAAUGUGAUUGAAGGUCCAGAGUAUAUUGUUGUUAUAUCUCCAAUUUUCACAACAUUUAUUAUUCUCUUUCUCUCUGGUAUUCCACACUUAGAACGUGUUUCAGAUCAUAGAUUCAGAAACAAUGCUCAUUAUCAGCUGUACAAACGAUCCACUUCGCCAUUAAUACCUAUACCGCCGUCUCUUUAUAUUGAAGUACCUGGUUUUAUUAAAAUGCUCUGUUGUUGUGAACUACCUUUAUAUAACUGGAUGAGAGCUCAUCCUUCAGAUCCGCCAGAAGCAGCCCCAGCUCCAAAAUCAUCCUAG